CAGCACUCGGACAUGGGCUUCUCGGCGGUCUGCUGUUUACUCUGGUUCAUCAGCUGCUUUUAUUUGGCUGUUGAAAGUUUUCCAAGUCCGCUGACAGACUGUGAUGAUUAUGAAGAUUAUAUUCAGGGCUCGGCUGUGCUCAGCUCUCUGUGUGCUCUGCAGUGGAGAGAUCAGGAGCAGGAGCACAUGCAGAACGUCUUCAAGAGGUUCCUCUUCCACUACUCUAAAGCACAGAACUCACUGGGCUCGGUGGAGAGAGAGUCUCAUUCGGUUCACCCGCUGAUGCGUCUGUCACCCAGACUCUCUCUGCGCAGGAAGAAGCAGCAGCAGCUGAAGAAUGUCUGCGGGGCUUCUGCGAGAAACAUUCGAGACGUCCUCUGUUCAUUUCUCGGAUUCUCAAUGACUCCAUAAAUCUACAAACAACAUGAAAGCCAGCUGAUUUCAUUAAAAGCUCUUUU